GGGCAGCAAGGCGGGAAGGAGCUCAACAACUGACAGAUGACAGCAAAAAGCAUAGGCACAGGCCAGUAUACCUUCCCCGGCCGACCGUGACUCGCUCUCGGCUCGUUUUUGCCUGUCCUGCCCCAGCUGAGAGCUCCUGCUUCCCACUCCCUUGGUACCUACUCUCAGGUACUCCGUACCCCGUACCUACCCUGUCAAGUGAGACGUGGGGUCCUCUCUUCCCUGCUCCGUCUCCUGUCAGCCUUCUUCCUUUUCUAUUUCUAUAAAACAGCUUGUGUGACCACCACUGCUUCUGCCUCCAGCUCUCGUUCAUAUGCACAUGCACGCCCUUCGCAUUGCUCGAGUUGACUCUUUCUCUCGCGUUCCCACAUACACUGCCAUACUAAAUACCCCACCCAGAUCAACAAGAGCAUUCCUCACAAGCUCCAGCCCGGCCCGACAUUUCUCGAAAACGCAAACGAAAACACCCACCAGCUACAGCAACAGCUGCCUCGCACGCAUAUAUACGCCCUUCGCCUCGACUCUCCACCCCAGCCGAUCCGCGAACACAUCUAGCAGGUCCAGGAUCACAGUCCAGCGCAACAUGGCGACCCUAGGAGCGGCCUACGAGAAGCGCCACAAGGUGACGGUCAUUGGGUCUGGAAACUGGGGCUCGACCAUCGCAAAGAUCGUCGCCGAGAACACAAAGGCUCAUCCAGAGACCUUCGAGCCCGAGGUGCAGAUGUGGGUCUACGAGGAGGAGGUCGCGAUAUCCAACGACUCCCCACACUACGACCCCGCCGUCGGUGACCAGAAGCAGAAGAUCACGAGCGUCAUCAACAAGUACCACGAGAACGUCAAGUACCUGCCCGGCAUCAGACUCCCCGACAACGUCGUCGCCAACCCCGACCUGAUCGACGCCGCCAAGGACUCGACCAUCCUGAUUUUCAACCUGCCCCACCAGUUCAUCGACAAUGUCUGCAAGCAGCUGCGCGGCCACAUCGUCCCCUACGCCCGCGCCAUCAGCUGUAUCAAGGGUGUGCACGUGUCCGAUGACGGCGUGUCGCUCUUCAGCGAGUGGAUCGGCGACGGGCUGGGCAUCUACUGCGGCGCCCUGUCGGGUGCCAACAUCGCGUCUGAGAUCGCCGCCGAGAAGUGGUGCGCGACCACCAUCGCCUACGACCCGCCGCCCAUGGAUGCUAGCCGCAACCCGACGCCCAGGACGCAGAGCCCUGCCGCCAACCAGACAAAGUUCGACCUCAGCAUCACCCCCGUCAACCAGCCCCACAAGGACGCCCGCGGCCGCAACAGCAGGGUCAAGCUCACCGCCGUGCCCGACACCUUCCCGCCCCUCGACCACAUGACCUUCAAGGCCCUGUUCCGCAGGCCCUACUUCCACGUGCGCAUGGUGUCGGACGUCGCCGGCACGUCGCUGGGCGGCGCGCUCAAGAACAUCGUCGCCGUGGCCGCCGGCUUCGUCGUCGGCAAGGGCUGGGGCGACAACGCCAAGUCCGAGGUGUGCCGGCUGGGCAUCGUCGAGAUGAUCAAGUUCGGCAAGGAGUUCUUCCCGCAGACGGUCAACACGGCGACCUUCACCGUCGAAUCGGCCGGCAUGGCGGACCUGGUGACGAGCUGCUCGUCGGGCCGCAACUUCCGCUGCGCAAAGCUGUCGGUCGAGCGCGGCGUCAGCGUCGCCGAGGUCGAGCGCACCGAGCUCAACGGCCAGAUGCUGCAGGGCACCUCGACCGCCAAGGAGGUCAACUCGUUCCUGCGGGCCCGCGGCCGCACCCACGAGUACCCGCUCUUCACGGCCGUCAACGACAUCCUGGAGGGCAAGUGCAGGGUCGACGACAUCCCGGACCUGGUGGCGCAGUCGGAGGAUUGGGACCUGGACGGUGAGUUGGUGAAGGACGAGUGAGGCGCUACGAUAUCGUCAUCGUCGAAUGCGGCCGAGAGUCAUUUGUUUCUGUUGUGUUGAGCGAGGAUGUUGAUUUUUAUUGUGUUUGUUAUUCAAGGUAUCGCUGCACCGGCUGCGGUCGUCAAGUCGAGGCUGUAGAUGGGGAGCUGGCCUGGCCUGGCUUGGCUCCUACGCGGACACGCAUGAUUGGAAGGGAAGAAAGAAGCAUGGAUAAGGGGGGAUCAGAGACGCCAAGAGAAGAGGAUGGAAGACAUGGUUGGAACAUUGUUGGAUACCCUGAUUGUGAGUAAGUGAAGGGGUCGGAUGAAGGAUGGGAAGGAUAUUCGGUUGGGGGGGGGGGAGGUUGGUUAUUAUGCAUGCUCCCAG